CUUGGCACUUGUGUGCCAGUCACCCUCGAGUGAGGACUACUUUCUCUUUAUUGCUGGUUACUUAAUAUCGAAAUCAUGGGCUUUGAUCUUGAUCGUUUCGAGAGUACCGUAGAGCCGGACCUCAUCUGUAAACUGUGUGGCAAAGUUUUGGAGGAGCCUCUGACCACUCCGUGUGGACAUGUGUUCUGCGCUGCCUGCGUGCUCCACUGGCUCUCCAAAGUCAACAGCUGCCCCGUCCAGUGUCAGAAGAUGUCCCUUAAAGAACUGAACCACGUCCUGCCCCUGAAGAGCCUCAUUCUGAAACUGGAUAUUAACUGCGACUACCGCGACCGGGGCUGUAACAGAGUGAUGAAGCUCCAGCAUCUCUCAGAGCACAUUGAGAACUGUGACUUCUCUCCGGUGAGAUGCAGGAAUGAAGGAUGCGACGCGGUGCUCAGUCUGAAGGACGUCGCGUCACACAUGCGGGAGGAAUGCGAACACAGACCGGUGGAGCUUUGUGCGGAUGGAUGUGGACUGAUGCUCAGCCUCAAAGAGAAGUCGGACCACCGCUGUCUUGAGGCGCUGAAGACGCACAGCGGGUUUCUCCAGGGCAAAGUGCUGGAUUUGGAGAGAGAGCUGAAGCGCCGGCGCUUGAGGUUCAGUAGGAGGGAGAGAUCGCUCCUUUCCAAACUUUCUGCGCUUCACUGCGAACUUCACAUGACCGAGUACAAGGGCAGGAUUGACGCGCUGCAAAACAGUUGCAUCCCUUUCAAUAAGGAAGAAGAAACGGCGACCCUCAAUGUGACCCUCCACAGAGCAUCAGGAUGUCUCGGAUUUAAUAUCAUUGGAGGAUGGUCAUGUGAGGGACAGGAGGGCGAUUCCAGCAAUGGGAUCUAUAUAUCAAAGGUUUUGGAGAAUGGAACAGCAGAAAAGAGUGGACUGCACGUUCAUGACAGGAUCAUUGAGGUGAAUGGAAGGAACCUUUCCCAGGCCACACACGAUCAAGCAGUAGAGGCCUUUCAAACAGCCAAAGAGCCCAUUGAGAUUCGGAUAUUGCGCAGGAAAGCACAAAAGACUCUUGUGCCGGUCCAGAGUGUGGACAGCAGUACUCAAACCAACAUUACUUUCAAAUAUCUGAAACAUAUAGAGGCUAUGGUCAAGCUUCCCUCUCCAUCAUUGCCAUUGGGUAUGGCUGUGCUGGACACUUUCCUUAUACCCACUGACUGUCACAUGACAAGACAUGAUUCACCUUCCCAACCAGACUUCUUCGUCGGCACACAGGAAGCCAUUGAAAGUAGAGGACUUGAAUAUGAGAUUCAUCCAGAUGGUGUUACAGCAAAAAAUGGCAGAAUCCAGGAGAGAGACCAGAUUAUCCAGAUCAAUGGUGUGGACAUCCAGAGCCAUGAGGAGGCAGUGAGACCUUUAACAGAGGUGGAAAGCAAAAAUGUGACCCUCCUAGCGGCUCGACCUCAAAAUCAGGGCAAUUGCUUGCUGGAGGAUAGAAACCACUUCGUAGAUGACUUGCGCAUUGAUAUGUCGAAGCAUCAUCGGGCCAUGGAGUUCACUGCAAGAAUGCUGAAGGAGAGCAGACAUGAAGAUGAUGGAGGUACUACUGAUACGGCAACUAUACAGUCCAACCUUCACGAGAAAGACAGCGGUGUGGGGCGCACAGAUGACAGCACUCGUAAUGAUGAAAGCUCCGAGCAGGACAUCUUGGGUGACGACGUGACUUCUGUUUGAGACACACUUCCAGGAAACCACAAAAAAUGUAACUAUGGCCAAGACACUAUGGAAAGUAGAGACAUACAUCUAAGCAAUGACUCCUCGUUGUCUGUUGACAAUGGAGACAGCGGAAGAUUCCUGGAUUCGCCUGGCAUGGUGUGCAAACGCUUCCGGGAACUGCUUGAACUGAAAUGCACGCCGAAUGGAAGCAGUCCUUGUGAAUACGUGGAGCACGAUGCCAAGCUAUACGGAGAAAGAGUUAGUUUGGACAGUGAAGAACUGGAUGUUCAGAUGCUCAAUGAGGAACUGCUGAAAAUUGAGCUAGAGUGUCUACGCAUCAUACAGGCACAUAGUCUUCAAACCGGAGAAGGUGAACCAUCGAGCAAUGAUUCUGGUACAAAGCACUUGACAAGUGUGGAAAAAGUCCAUCAAGACGGGAAGCAAGCGGACAAGGAAAGCUCUAGUGCUUACAACACUGGAGAAAGCGGUUGGAGUAUCCCUCCUCCUGAUGAACUUUCUCCUGACUUUCAAAGUGUGGUUACCAAAGACAAGGGAAUAAAUUCUCCUGUGCACGGACGCAACUCAUCCAAACCAUGCCCCAAGCAUCCUCUUUCUCCAAUUCAAGAAACCAGCUCCAAAAGUCACUCUCCUCAAGGGAAUUCAGAGGUCCUGAAUGGGGCAAAAACAAAGCAGAAUGUUAAGAAGACCCCAGGGAAAUGUCAAUCCCUAUAUAUCCCAGCCCACGCCCAACAUUACAAAAGCUACAUGCACCUUAUCCAGCAAAAGUCAGCUGUCGAGUACGCCCAGAGUCAAAUCAGCUUAGUCAGCCUUUGCAAGAACCCAACUCCCUGUUUCUCCAGGCCCAAGAUGGAGUGGAAGGUAAAAAUCCGCAGCAACGGAACACGGUACAUCACCAAAAGACCUACAAGGGAUCAGCUGCUGAAGGAACGUGCAUUGCGCAUUCGUGAAGAACGCUGCAGCGUGACAACCGAUGACGAUGCGACGAGCGAACUCAAACUGGGUCGAUACUGGAACAAGGAGGAGCGCAAGCAGCACGUAGUACAUGCGAAGGAACAACGGCAAAGGCGGGAACUGAUCAAGCAGGGUCGUAUUGAGCUGGGUGGUGCUAGGGAUGACAAGGCGGCACCAGAUAUUAUUCAGCUCAGCCACAAAAAGAUGACGAGGAGAAGGAAUAAGAGGAUUCUUGAUAACUGGAUGACCAUUCAGGAGCUGCUGACACAUGGUACGAGGUCAACAGAUGGGACAAGACUAUAUAAUUCCUUUCUUUCGGUGACUACAGUGUAAGGGAUU